AUGCAAAUAUGCAAUGCAACGCAACGGCAGGAGGACAAGCUGCCCUACGCCUUCUACGUCGGCGACGAGGAGCUCUCCGUCCAGCUCGGCGCCUUCAUGCAACGCAACAACGCCACCGCGGAGGUCACCCUGCGCAUCGUCUACCAGCCGCAGGCCGUCUUCCGCAUCAGGCCCGUCAACCGAUGCUCAGCCACAAUCGCAGGCCACACCGAGGCUGUAUUGGCCGUUUCUUUCAGCCCCGACGGGAGAUGCUUGGCUAGUGGUUCAGGCGACACCACUGUUCGCUUCUGGGACCUCAGCACACAGACCCCAUUGUACACAUGCAAAGGCCACAAGAAUUGGGUUCUCUGCAUUGCAUGGUCACCUGAUGGGAAACAUCUUGUUAGUGGAAGCAAGUCAGGAGAGCUUAUAUUAUGGGACCCCAAAACAGGCAAUCAAUUGGGCACUCCUCUUACGGGACAUAGAAAGUGGAUUACUGCUGUAUCUUGGGAGCCAGUUCAUUUGCAAUCUCCUUCCCGUCGUUUUGUAAGUGCAAGUAAAGAUGGCGAUGCACGAAUUUGGGACAUUACCACAAAGAAGUGUGUUAUUUCCCUUUCAGGUCACACCAAUGCUGUGACCUGUGUCAAGUGGGGUGGAGACGGUUUGAUAUAUACAGGUUCUGAAGAUUGUUUAAUCAAAGUAUGGGAAACUACUCAGGGCAAGUUGGUCAAAACACUGCAGGGUCAUGGGCACUGGGUAAAUUCGCUUGCCUUGAGCACAGAAUAUGUUCUCCGCACUGGGGCAUAUGACCAUACCGGCAAGACAUUUUCAAGUCCAGAGGAAAUGAAAGAGGCAGCUCUUGCAAGAUAUGAGAAGAUGAGGGGUAAUGCUCCUGAGAGGCUGGUCUCUGGUUCAGAUGAUUUUACCAUGUUUCUUUGGGAACCAACGAUUAGCAAACAGCCGAAAGCUCGCAUGACUGGUCAUCAGAAGGUGGUGAACCAUGUCUACUUCUCCCCUGACGGGCAGUGGCUGGCGAGUGCCUCCUUUGACAAAUCGGUCAAGCUGUGGAACGGCAUCACGGGCAAAUUCGUCGCAGCUUUCCGAGGGCAUGUCGCGGAUGUGUACCAGAUCAGCUGGUCCGCCGACAGUCGGCUUCUGCUGAGUGGAAGCAAGGAUUCGACCCUAAAGGAAGAAGAUGAAGAUGAAGACAGUGCAUUUUGUUCUUGUGGAUUGGUUGAUGACAUGGACAUGGACAUGAAUCAGGUGUGGGAUAUCCGGGCGCGCAAGCUGAAGCAGGACCUGCCAGGGCACGCGGACGAGGUGUACGCCGUGGAUUGGAGCCCCGACGGCGAGAAGGUUGUCUCUGGUGGCAAAGACAGGGUCCUAAAGUUGUGGAUGAACUAA